UUGACGUGGGAAUGUUGAAGCGGGAAAGCAUACAGUCAUUGCAUUUCUUGGAGUCAUUGUAAGGCGUGUCUUAUCAAUUGAGCGAUUACACGUCAAAAGCUUUCAAGCUCUAUACCCUUUGGAUAGCUAAGCAUACGGCUUGCGUUAUUCACCAUGUCUCUCGCCCGCCCGAACCCCCGAUUUCUUGCCCGAACGAACCGCAUCUUUGCAUCGCAGACACGAAGCUAUGCAGCGCCAGGUGACGGUGCAAUCCCCGCCGCAAAGAAGAAGUACGUACCGAACACGGGCACAUAUCCUCUUGGCUUCAAGGCAGGAAGCGCGCACGUCGGCGUGAAAGCUUCAAACACACGUUUCGACGAUCUUGCGCUCAUCGCGUCUGACACACCCUGCGCUGGUGCUGCGGUGUUUACGACCAAUAAGUUCCAGGCUGCACCCGUUACCGUAAGCCGGAAUUUACUGAAGAGUAGGAAGGGAGAAGGAAUUAGAUCCGUCAUCAUCAACAGCGGCUGCGCCAAUGCUGUAACAGGCAAAGGCGGCAUCGAGGAUGCGACAUUGAUGGGCAGGGAGACCGAUAAAGCCUUCGUCAACAACAGCAACGGCGAAGACGAUGGGCAAAGUCGAAGCAUUGUCAUGAGCACUGGUGUCAUAGGUCAGCGACUACCCAUCCAGAAGAUCGUAUCGAAGAUUCCUACUGCAUACUACAACCUCGGCGAGACACACGAGCACUGGCUGGGUACUGCCAAAGCCAUCUGCACUACCGACACAUUCCCAAAGCUCGUCUCAAAGACUUUCUCGUUGCCAAACAGUAAUAAGGAGUACCGCAUCGCCGGCAUGACUAAAGGAGCAGGCAUGAUCCACCCCAACAUGGCAACUCUGCUAGGUGUAAUCUGCACCGACGCUCCAGUCUCUGCCGGCCCUCUGCAAAGCGCACUCACCUCCGCUAUAACUAAGUCCUUCAACAGCAUUUCCAUCGAUGGCGAUACAUCCACCAAUGACACUGUCGCCAUCCUUGCCAACGGCGCAGCUGGCGGCAAGCUCAUCGACAGCACAUCUUCCGCCGACUUUGAUGCCUUCCAGAAGACACUCACUGACUUCGCUAUUGAUCUCGCGAAGCUCGUUGUCCGUGACGGCGAGGGUGCGACCAAGUUCGUCACAAUCCGCGUUACCAAUGCCGCGACCUACAAAGACGCACACCGCGUCGCCUCAACCAUCGCACGCUCGCCUCUCGUGAAGACUGCCUUGUAUGGCAAGGAUGCAAACUGGGGACGUAUUCUGUGCGCCACUGGAUACGCCGAAAAUGUCGAUGGUGUCAUUCCCGAGGAGACCAGUGUUAGCUUCAUUCCCUCGGACGGGAGUGAGGAGCUGAAGCUGUUGGUCAAGGGCGAGCCAGAGCAGGUUGAUGAGGAGCAGGCGGCGAAGAUUCUAGAGGCGGAGGAUCUAGAGAUCAAGGUCCAGCUCAGUGAGGGCAAGUACAAGGAGGAAGCGGUCUUCUGGACAUGCGAUUUCUCGCACGAGUAUGUGACCAUCAAUGGGGACUAUAGGACAUGAGCGAGUAAAUAUGCAUUCAUCCAGUCCUUGCUGGCAAUUGGCACAGCGUCUUGAGUUCAUCAGCUAUGUUUCGAUAACUCAUUCAUGUUUCUUUCUAGAUCUCGCACACGGAAACAUUUAUUGGAGGACUCUUACAACAGAUACUGCUCUAAACUGCGAGUCAAUGCAUAUAGAUAGACUGAACUGCCUCGCUGUAUGACCUAUACACCAGAGGACCCAAGAGGCAAGCCCCCGACUCAUAUUCUCUCAGACAUCCU